CUUCUAAAUACGUGCAGGAGAAAUAAAAACAACAAGGUUGCCUCCUUCUUUUAUUCUGCACUGCCUGAGACACUCUGCUGGGGGCUCCCUCUUGUAUUUAACCUGGAGGAGACUUUUUCCCGUAUAAAUAUUUAAAGCCUUCAGUCCAGAGCCAGGUGGGACUCAGUGCAGUCCCCUGACCCAGCGUGCUGCUCAGGGAGCGGCUGGCCCCUUACCCUGGGGCCAAACACUGGUUUGCAAAAACCAGCGACCGGGCUUGGAUAGCCACACUGGCAGAACUGCCCCUAAACAGUCUGUUUUGGUAUUUUUGACUAACUGGCAACAAUCUGAUCUGCCUCAGAAGCAGGGUUGUGUUACAAAACCUCUGUCAAGGGUUCCUGCAAACCUGAAGGACAUGACGUCUCCUCUGCUGUGCCAGGUAACGUAACUCCUACAAAUGCAGAGCUGGGAGGACUCCUUGAUUGGCACCUUUAGCCCCGUUUUGGCUUUUGGGGUGUUUUUUGGUUUGUUUUGUUUUUUUUUUUUUUAAAUAUUUAUGAAGGGAUGAGCCCUGUCAUAAGCUGAUCAAGCCUAGCCUUUAGAGUAGGUUGUCCUGCUGCAAGAUUUUCUGCUGCUCACCCUAAAUGUAUUUAUAGUUACUUUAUAUUCCAGUAUUCUCAAGCACUAUUAUCCUUUCAGUUGAAAAAAAUCUUAUCUCCUUUUGUCUUUUCAGCUGUAUUUAUUUUAGUGAAAUCGUACCCUAACUCAGCCUAAUGCAAGCAAGCCAGGAUCUUUCAACCACUUCUUUUAUGGUACAGUCUCCAUUUCCCCUCUCUUGUCCUAACGGCUUUUUUUCUGCACGUUUUCCAAGUUCAGAUUUUUUAUUAUUAAACAUCUGUUAGAGAAUUCUAUGCCACAGUCUAAAGAAUGGAUCACCGUUGUGAAGUAUUUAAUCUUCUUUCUCUGUCUGCUGAAGUAUGUUGCUGAAUAGGUCUUAAGAUCAUAUUGGUAUCAUUCAUAGGCUGACUGCAGAGCCGUCUUAUGAACCAUAUAUGUUCUAUGGAUCUUGUUCUCGCUGCCAUUUUCAACUGAUCAGCCCCCAGCUGAAUUUUUUGGUGACAAUUUCCUAAGUGUGUGAUCUUACUUUUUAUAUGCUCUGUGUUCUUAAAUUUGAUCCAUUUUUUUUACUGCUUAGCAGAUGGGUCUGGCUUGUUUAUUUGACCUUUAAAGGUUACAUUUUUGGUCCUCCACUGUGGGAGGGAUGCAUCCCACCUCUGUGCCAGUAGCACAGUUUCUAAAUACGCACAGUUUCUUCUGGAGAGGUUUAGUAAUUAAAAUUUUAAUUGAGAUUAGUCCCAAGAUCAAGGACUCUUCUAGGAACCUCUUUCUGUUGCAGCAGCUUUCCUUCCAACUUAGUAACUUACUCUUUGCCUUCCCAGCCUAGAAAUCCCAUCAGAACCCUCAUCUUCUGCCAAACAAAUAAUUUCCCACGACUUCAGCGGAGCCGUGUGUUAUUCAUAUUAGAAGGGCAAGGAGGGUGUGUGAUUUUAUCACUCAGGAGUGUUUUUAAGGGGUCCUGAAACAGUGAGUCACCGUUGACUCUUGUCCGUCUUUGAGAAAUGUCUGUUCUCAGUCUGGCAAUAACUAUUCAGGAGAUGACUUGGGAGGAUAAGCCACACCAUAGUUUAAUAUUUGACUAAGAUUAUAUUAGACACGCAUGGCUUGUAACAAACGGCGCAGCAGCCUGUGCCACCAGCCUUCUUGUGAUUGCUAUGGAGACCCCAGCACCCACUGGCAGGAAGGUGCCCACCUUCCAGAAGGAAACGAUCCCAACAGGCAGAAAAAUAAGGAAGCCUUGGUCCAGGUCCCCUUUGCCCCAUGGCAUCACCGUCUGCAGUGACUUCCUGACAGCAGCUUGUUCCGCUGGCUUCUGCAGACGAAUCCAUUCUGCUGAGCUUCACCUGGGAACCGCUCCAAUGUAUAACUAACACUUGGGAGACAGGUUUGCUUGCUUGCUUGUUUUGUUGUAUGUGCCUCAGGUUAAACCUCCUGGGACGGUUUAGGGGUGAGACCCGGAUGCAAGUGAUGUGGCAAGGGAAGGAGACAGGGAGGGACCUCAUAAGGCUGUGACUAACCACUGGUCUGGCAGAACAAAGCAAGGGAAAGGAUGACAGGCUGCUGAGUCCUCUUGAGCGCCAUUUCCAUUGCAUCGAGGGUAGCUUUGGGGAAGGGAGUAACAAUGAGGGUAUAUUGUUUCUUUGGGGAAGUUCUUGUCUACAGUCCUGCGUGGCACUGGCUUUUACUUUAAUGUUGCUGGUCAAGGUAAACCCCUAAGGGCAGGAGCACUGGGAAAGUAAGAAGGGAAAACAGCGUCAGGACUAGCUACACCGAGAAAGUAUCUUCAUUUUUGUCUUGUUUGUUCUAGGCUUUUGCAGGGAGACGUGUAUGGGAAUGUGAAGCAAAGAACCUUCAAUUUGCAGGAACUAGAAUAAACAUUUCCCACUGAAGUCCCCAUAGGCAACCUGAGCUGUUUUUUACAGCACCAGUGAGUGGAACAGGGUUGGCCGUGGGGUUCCCCAUGGCCUCUCCUUCUCCAUCGCUUCCUACAGUGAUGGCAUCCCUGGGAACCUUCUGACUUUCAACACCUUCAGGCCAGCUGCUAGUGCCUCUGGUGAAAGGCUGCUCUCCCCUGUGUUUGUAGCUGGUGAUUUCCCUGCAGCUGUGAGCAGUACAGUCCCCACAAGUGUAAUUGCAGCCUUUCAAGGGGAUCGUUUCACAAUGAACUUCUUGGUGCAAGAACUACACAGGUGGCCUCUGCGAGCCUGAAACGUUGAAGGCAGGCUGGAAAACAAGGAAGAUUCCCUUCAUCUAUUCAGCCAGUGCUUCUCUUGUCUCCAAUUCUACCAUUCAAGGAGUUGCUGAAACCUCUGUGCUACAUGAAAACACUGAUAACGCUCUCAGUGCCGCAGGCCCCUUUCUGUAGGGAAACAGCAAAGCAAUACAAGAGGGAGGGCAACAAAACAAUAUGGACAGGUUUUCAAAGAUCCCUAAAUAAUCCAUUUGGCAUCUAAUUCAUGUUAUCAGCUUCACCUAAGUAUUCAAGGCGGGGGGGGGGGCUUUGUGCUCAGUGGAGAUACUUACACAUCCCACUAGCUAUCGGAUGUCGAGGACGGACACGGAUAGUCAGAAUUGCCUAAAGAAGGAGUUUGCUACUCCCCUGGUGUGCCAAAGCAGUAAGUACAACUAUUUCUCAUUUACCCUUCUCAACUGCUGAUAAGCCAUUAGCCUUUACCCUUCACUUGACUGUCGGCAGGCAGGCUAGCUUGCGUGGGCUCUUAUCUUUAUUGCUGAGACCCAUCUAUUUUCUGAGGUGGUGCCAAAUAGUGCAAUUUUGGGUUGAUCGGUCAAAUACUAAGUUGGGCAAUGUUUUCCUCUUUCUCUUGGCAUUCUUCCUUCUCACUGCCCUCUCAGUGCCUUAUGAAAGGUGAGACUGUCAGGGGAAGAGGAGUAUGACUGAUUACUGAUCCCGUGUCUGAAUAAUAUAUAGGCUGCUCUCCGCAUGCUGGUGGGAAGGCAGCAGUACUGCUCAGAUGAGAGGUGGGGACUGUGUGAGCUGGAAAACCCUGGCUGCUUCCUUAAGUCUCCAGGAGUUGAAGACAAAAGCUCUGGGGCAACAGUCCAGCCUUUUCUGUUUCCACACUCCUGUGGAGACACUAGAGGAUGAGGGAAGUGGAUGAUGGGUGUCAAGAUGCUGGGUGUACUGGGGCUGCUCACUUGGGGCUCUGGGGUUUUUUUAAGUCGCCACGUCUGGCUACAUUUUCUGACCUGCACAACUCUUUUCUAUGCCUGUUCCUGCUCCCGGGAGGGUGCAGAACCUCUUUACCUUGUGGUGUCAAUGUAGUAUUGAUACAGUCACCUCUGCUGUCUUCCCUGGUUUAAUUUGUGUUAACCAUCAUGUUCGCAAACACAGGGAAAGUGAUUAUUUUCUAAAACAGGUGGAGAGUGGCUUCUGGCUGUCUUGAGGGGAAAUGUUCCUCUCUAGGCUGGGACUCAAGGGAAAGGGGCCGACCUGGUUCUCUGGAAAGACGAGCUGGGGCCCUGCUGAAUUAUUGAGCGUGCACCCCAGUCGUCAGCUCGGAGAGAAAGAGAAGCACCAGCUUAGAUCACAGGUGUGGGAUGGAGGUUGUUAGCUUCAAGAACAGAGGCAUGUAACUAGAUCUGCCUCGUGCAUUUGGUUGCUCUGCUCCCUGGAUCAGUGUCACAGCUGCUUGGUACUGCGACGCAGAUGCUCAGCUUGGUUUGGUGGCCCUCUCUGGGGCCAUAGACAGUCACAAAAGCCCAACUCCACAGUAUCAAAUACCCCCUUCUUUCAGAGGCAAAGCCUCACUCUUAGGGCAGGCAUGGAGGAGCAGCACCUGCAGGUCACACACAUGGAAACUGAAGUGUUUCAGUCUAACACUCAAAUGUGUUGGCCGCAUUUAAACCCCUUUUAUUCACCAACAUAAAUGAUACGCAGAUUUGCAGAGGACACGAUCACCAGCAACUGCAGAAGGAAGUCCACUGGAGCUUACGUGUGCGCAGCACUUGUGAAAAAACAGGUUGCCUGGUUAGAUGUCUUAGUUGCCAAAGCGUGUGAGUUCACUUCUGAAAUUUUGGUCCAGGUUGUAUGCCCAAGGCUAUACGGAGAGGUAACUAGGUUGAAAAUAAGAUCUCAUCUCCCAGCAAUGCCUGAGGUCUCUGAGAUCCCCCCGCUGUCCAUGUCCAAAUGAAAUGGUGAAUGUCCUCCUGUCCCUUCGGCCACCUGAAUCUGCUGUGAGGUGAGGGAAGGACAGGACGAGGUGCAGCGUUGCGGGAAGAAUCACACAGCUGCUUCUUGUCUGGUGGCAGCUGGCGCUUGUCAGUGCUGGCAGGCGGCUGGUGCACCCGGAGGAGAUGCUGCCUUGUUCAAAUGGGACAAUAUCACUUACCCUGUGUAAAGGCACUCAAUCCUGUGCCUGCAGGAACUUCUAGCACAGCCUCCAGAGUGUUACUGCACACAGUCUUUUUGCUUCUUCCUCUUGCUUUAAUGAUAGAUUAAAAUAGUUUAUUACCGGAGGAGGCCUACUUUAUCUGUAAAUAUUUAUUUCUAUAUUGCCACCUCCUCAUUACAAAGAAUUCAUGACUAAGCCAUAUAAGCCAAAGCAGUAUGAUGACCAUCCUGCAAUCUGGCUCAUUUUGGCUUACGGCUUUCCUAAGAGGGCCUCUGACAUCACCCAUGAAUCUCUUAUUCCAUUGUAGGGUGACACUGAUAGAGCAGCACGAGGCCAGCAGGGUCUGCUUAUUACUUUGUCGAUAAGAGUAUGGACGGUGGGGUGAGCCUGCCUGUGGACCUUUUUCAGAUGCGGUAUUUCAGGGCAUUUCUCAUGCUCAAGUGAGGUUACAAGUCAACAGCAGCUCAAGGCAUUUGAAGAGCCAUUAGGACACGUUACAUUCCCCUAUUCCUCAUCCUCACACCUAUCCUGUGACCUACACAUCCUGUGCUUCAUAAAUUCAACUAUGCUCACAAAAAAUUAACAGGGCAAACCCCACCUUUCAUGUAGAGUUGAACUGAACUGCUCAAUGAAGAGCACCAGAGUCAGCACAGGAGAUGGAGGAAGGGGGCAACUUCCUUGCCGGCCUCUCGGCCGCUGCAGAUUUUUGCACUGACUCAGGGAUGCCCGGUAGCUUCUCUCAUGAGCCUGGUCCUCUUUCUCUGGUCUUAAUGCCAGCCUGUCUGGAGUUCCUCGGGACCAAAGAAAAUACAGGUUGUUUGCCCCUGUUAAAAAAUGUCAGCCCUUGAACGCUAAAAUAGAGCACUUCUGUUUGGAGACAGGAACUUGACACCUGGCAGCGUGUCUCCUUUGUUCCAGUUACCCUGUGAAAAAUCCGCCUGUGUUGGGCCAGCAUAUUAACCUUUGAAAAGUCAGUAGUUGCAAACGCAUUAUAGGAUGUUCAAUGGGUUUUGCAAGGUUUCUAACAGUUAAGAAUCUCUGAAGAACCUGCACUCACUGAACCUCUUACAACAAGGAUUUUUCUGGGAAAUUUUGGUCUAGAUAAGACAAUUUUUAGAAGUGAGAUUAGAGGGAGGAUACAGCAAUGCAGUGAGGAAAAAUGGGUAACGCUGCUUAAAUUAAAUGGCUGACAGCUGUCUUCUGAAGAGAAAUUUUAGGCUGCCUGAAAAGUAGAGGAGGUGAUAUCCAUUUCAGGUAUACUUUAAUACCUUAGCCCUCACUGAUGUGGAAGCAAGUUUCAGGAUCAGCAUUUUGUGGAAUUUUCCAUCAGAAAACGCUUUUAUUUUUUUUUGUUCAAAUUCAGGAUGAAAAGAAGGGCUCUGCCCGUUUUUCUAUCGUGCCGUGUACAGGAUGUUGCUGGCUGGCUGUACCACCAGGCUGUAUCACCUGUGCUCUGGGUACAGGGAUGUGUCUUUGGCAGGGGGACUGGGUACAACACCCAGAGGAGACCAGCCCCUGUGCAGACUGCCCCGCGCAGCCCUGCGGCAGCUAUUAGUGGGAGAAGGGCUGGUGGCUUUCCCUUCACUUCGUCUAGCUCCUGGUCUCCCAGCGGGAAGUACCUUGGCUGCCAGGAGCAGCAGAGACUGACUUGCUUUCUCCAUGUAAAUCAUAAGACUGGGAUUGUUGGACCCGCUUCACGAUGGAGGGGCUCAGCCGGUUUGUCCGUUCCACAGGGCAUCUCCAUUGGCAGGUCACCAGAGGGCUCUGGAGCGUAUGAAUAAAGAGGUGUGAUACAGCGUCUAGAGGGAAUGCAGGUGUCCCAGCGCCCUGGCACCCCUUAAACCCAGCCAGCCUGAUUUCUGUUCCUCUUAACUGCGCUGCUACAUCAACUCCUCUGCCUGCCUCCCGGCUCCUCUCAGCGCAGCCGAUGGUGAAACCCAAGAAUCUGCCGCUGUAACUCUGCCUGCAGGGCCUGGCUGCUGCCCCGGCCGUGUGGUGGUCUCCACCUCCCGCCCUGGCACCGCCGAUGCUGCCUGCCCUUGGCACCUGGCAGCACCUCGCGCUGUGAGCCACUAGUUGCAGAGAGGCGUUGGUUAAAGGAAACAGAGAAAAGGAGCGAGGGAGCCUGCAGGAAGGCGAGUUCCCGCUGUUGGAGGAGGAGGAAGCCGAGGAGGAAGCCGUGAGCAUGGCCAGCAACUCCAGUGCGCUGCCCCGGGUGACCUUCCAGACACCAGAGAAACCUGGGGAGGAACCAUCACCCAGGAAACUGGGCAAGUUAACCAUAAAGUACAACCGCAAAGACCUACAGCGCUGGCUAGACCUGGAGGAAUGGAUCAACACCCAGCUGCAGGAGCUGUACCAAUGCCAGCUAAGAGAGGAAACAGAGGCAGCAGCUCCUGAACCACACAUUGAUCUUGAAGAUCUUCUGGACGUCCCUAAUGAAGAACAGAAAUUAAAACUACAGGAAAUACUCCAUGAGUGCUCCAGCCCAACAGAGGAAUUUCCAUGCUGGCUGAGGACCACUGAAUACAACUCCCAGGAGCUCAUCACGACUUCUUUCUUUCUGUCCACUGCAAGGAAAACAAGGCAUUGGUUAUCACUCAUGCAUCAACAUGGAAGAUCAGUUACUGUUAAGCUACAUGCUGUUUCACUCUGUCUGGGACCCAGCUGCGAUCGCCUGCCUGUUACUGCUGUACCUGACUCUACAGCAUUGCAUGUACUUCGUAAGUCGUAUUAACCCUCUGUUAUUCAUGAAGGUUGGACAGAAAAUAUACAGUAGGACGGAAGGAAAAUGUUCGAGUGCAUCUGGUCUACUUAAGGGGAAGUUAGUGAAACAGCUGCUAAGGCUGAUGGAAGAGAGAUUGGUUUUCCUUUUUUGUGGAAUUUAGGACUUAAUGAUUUAGAAGUGUCUUCUAAAGGAGCAAGGUCUGGGAAUGAUUUUUCUCAUCGUUUAAAAGCAUGUUGGAAAAAUGCUUAUUUUGUGUAUUAAAACAGAGAAAACCA